AUGGUUAGGACCAGGUUGAGGGCUACUAGCCCUGGCCAUCAGGGAAGCAGAGGUGCUUCAAGUGAUCCCCAGCAUGAUCGCCAAUCUGCACCAGUCAUGCAGACGUCGUCCAUUCAGCAUGUGCAAUUCAUGGCGGUUGCAAUGGCGGAAUUGACUCGCCAAAACCAGGAGUUAAGAAUGGAGAUCAAUCAGAGAAGACAAACAUGUGAGGAACACGAAGGAGGAGGACAGGCACAAGAACAUGGUGGCAAAGAGAAUACUGAGAUUGGAAGUCAGUUUAGAAGCACCACUUCACGGGCGGUGCCACACUUGAAAGAGGAGAUGGACCAAAUGAAGAAAGUCAUGGAGGAAAUGAAAGAGAACAUGAGGAGGACGAAUCCUAUAGAAGAUUUGGUCCACAGAACUGACUCUCCUUUUACGGCUUCCAUCAACGGCCACCCUCUACCAUUAAAGUUCAAACUGCCAUCCCUGGACUCGUAUGAUGGGACGCGUGACCCAUUUGAUCACAUUGCAACAUUCAAGACAACGAUGCACUUUCAAGGGGUCCCUGAUGAAAUCAUGUGUCGAGCCUUCCCUACUACCCUUAAAGGCCCAGCACGAGUUUGGUUCAGUAAAAUACCCCCAAGUUUCGUAAGUUCUUUCGAAGAGUUAAGCAAAUUAUUUGUUAACAAUUUCAUCAGGGGACAGAGACACAAGCGUUCUUCGUCCAGCUUGCUUACCAUAGAACAAGGGGAAAACGAAAGCCUGCGAUCAUUCAUCACUCGUUUCAACAGAGAAGCCCUUAGUGUGGACGAGGUAGAUGACAAACUUCUAUUGGCAGCCUUCCAUAACGGGAUCAACUCUGACCUAUUUAUCCACAAGCUAUAUGAGAAGGAGCCUCAAACCAUGGCUGAGCUCGUCCAUUCGGCUCAGAACUUCAUGAAUGCAAAAGAUGCGAUCAUAGCCAAGAAGAGAAAAAGAGCUGAAAGGAUGGAAGCGCACCCAACUCGACACUCAGAACAAGCCCCUCGUCCAAAGAAGGGACGGACGGAAGAUAAGAAGGAACGAGAUAACCAGAAGAUAGGUCCCUUGGGAAGAAGCCAGAAUUAUACGCCCCUGAACGCUCCACUUGAUCAGGUGCUCAUGCAAAUCAAAGACGAUCCUUCUUUAAAAUGGCCAGAGAAGAUGAAGGGGGAUCCCAAUAAGCGCAAUAAGAACAAAUAUUGUCGCUUUCACAGGGACCAUGGGCAUGACAUAGAUGAGUGUUAUGACUUGAAACAGCAAAUUGAGAACCUUAUCAGACAAGGAAAGUUGAGGCACUUCAUUGGAAGGGAUCAUAAAGAUGAGAAGUUGAAAGGCAAAAUGGAGGAAUCAUCCCAGCCCCCACUAGGAGAGAUAAAGAUUAUCGUCGGAGGGAACUCGAUGGGGCAAUCUUCCAAGUCGAAGAAGACGUAUCUCAAAGUAGUACAAAACGUCCAACUCUUUGGAUGA